UAUUCAGCAUGUUUUGCACAAGAAAUGUCAGCCAGAAAGGGCUAUCUGCUCCCUUCGCCAAAUUAUCCCACAACAAUGUCAUGCUCCGAGAGCCCCGCCGCGAACUCUUUUUUGGUCGACUCGCUCAUCAGCUCGGGCAGAGGCGAGGCGGGCGGCGGUGGCGGUGGCGCUGGGGGCAGCGGCGGCGGUGGUUAUUACGCCCACGGCGGGGUCUACCUGCCGCCCGCUGCUGACCUGCCCUAUGGGUUGCAGAGCUGCGGGCUCUUCCCCGCGCUGGGCGGCAAGCGCAAUGAGGCGGCGUCGCCCGGAGGCAGUGGCGGUAGCGGGACCCUAGGUCCCGGGACGCACGGCUAUGGGCCCGCGCCCAUAGACCUGUGGCUAGACGCGCCGCGGUCGUGUCGGAUGGAGCAGCCUGAGGGGCCUCCGCCUCAGCCCCAGCAACAGCCGCCACCCCCGCCACAACCACCCCAGCCCCCGCCGCAGGCCACCUCGUGCUCUUUCGCUCAGAACAUCAAAGAAGAGAGCUCUUACUGCCUCUACGACUCUGCGGACAAAUGCCCCAAAGGCUCGGCCACCGGUGCCGAAUUGGCUCCCUUCCCUCGGGGCCCGCCACCCGACGGCUGCGCCCUGGGCGCCUCCAGCGGGGUGCCAGUGCCCGGCUACUUCCGCCUCUCGCAGGCCUAUGGCACGGCCAAGGGCUACGGCGGCGGCAGCGGCGGCACGCAGCAGCUCGGCGCCAGCCCGUUCCCGGCGCAGCCCCCGGGGCGCAGCUUCGACCCGCCGCCUGCGCUCGCCUCCGGCCCGGCGGAUGCGGCCCGGAAGGAGCGAGCCCUCGAUUCGCCGCCGCCCCCCACGCUGGCUUGCGGCGGCGGCGGGGGCUCGCAAGGCGACGAGGAGGCGCACGCGUCGUCCUCGGCCGCGGAGGAGCUCUCCCCGGCCCCUUCCGAGAGCAGCAAAGCCUCGCCGGAGAAGGACUCCCUGGGCAAUUCCAAAGGCGAAAACGCAGCCAACUGGCUCACAGCAAAGAGCGGUCGGAAGAAGCGCUGCCCCUACACGAAGCACCAAACACUGGAGCUGGAGAAGGAGUUUCUGUUCAACAUGUACCUUACUCGAGAGCGGCGCCUAGAGAUCAGCCGCAGCGUCCACCUCACGGACAGACAAGUGAAAAUCUGGUUUCAGAACCGCAGGAUGAAACUGAAGAAAAUGAACCGAGAAAACCGGAUCCGGGAGCUCACAGCCAACUUUAAUUUUUCCUGAUGAAGCUCCGGGCGACGCCUUUUAUUUUUAUUUUUAUUUUUUUGCUUCCAGAGCGCUGGUUCCCUCCCUCUGUCUUCAGCCUCUGCCCAGAAACUCGCACCUGUGCCGGAGCCCUAUUCCUCCCUCCCACACUCGCCAUCUCCUGGGCCAUUACAUCUGUGCAGGGCUGGUUUGUUCUGACUUUUUGUUUCUUUGUUUGCUUGGUGCUGGUUUAUUUGUUGUUUUCUGGGGGAAAAAGCCAUAUCAUGGUAAAAUUCUAUAGAGAUAGAUAUUGUCCUAAGUGUCAAGUCGUCACUGGGCUGGGUUUGCUGUUUUGGGGUCCCACGGCUUGAAAUGGCCCCUGUUCUCCGCCGAGCUGGUUUCCUGCCCAGCCAGGGGUAAACCUAGCCGGAAAGCCGAGGUUCCAUUGUCGGCGCUGAGGUGUCUGGCCUGAGGUCAAUGGUGCAAGGAGCCGCCACUGGGCACGCCAGCCUGGAGUGCUGGGCUGUGUUUAAUCAGGGGAUACAGGCCCCUCGGUGUCUUUUUUUUCUCUCUUCCUUUCUUCCUUGGCCAAGAGAAGGGCUGACAGGCAUGGUAUGCAGGUUGGCAAAAGGGCUUGACUUUGUCUGAUUGAAAAAGCAAGAAAGAGUCAGUAAGAUUAAAUUUUCCUUCCUCUGUAAGAUAUUCCAACUUGAAAAGAAAAAAAGAAUGACCAAGAGAAGGAAACUUCUCUUUUAGUUUGUGUAAGGUUUUGCAUUGCCUGACUAAAAUGUUUCAUUUAUCCCUGAAUUUCCAUAUCCUUCUGGCUGUAGAUAAAUAAUGUAGUUUUGUUUAUACAUGUGGAAUUAGUGGAUUUUUUGUCAUUAAAAUCGUUACCAGUGGUAACAGGCGACAAGCACACCACAAUUCUCCCUGUCUUGUGGAGUUGGUUUUUCUUAAUCACCUUUAAAUUUUUUUUUCUUUCUGAAAUUCACAGAAGCCUGUGAGGGCUGGGGCAAGCGGAAUAAACUAGAGAAGGGAGACAUUGUUUGGAUUUCCUUUAUACUGUGAAGUAACAUGCAUAAAAGGGUCAAACCUGUAGGUGCAGAAAAAGAAAAAACUAUAAAUACAAAUCUGUAUAAACGUCUAUUAUUAUGAAGAAUUGCCAAUCUUGUUUUAAGCAAAUGCAUUCUAUCAUUAUUAUAAAUGUUAGUUCUAGCUCUAUUUACUUCUAAUCUUAAAUCAGAAUAAAUUAAUAUUGUAUUGCUGCUGUGCGUGGAAAAAAGACGAUGUUUAUGUUCUUAUAGAAUAAAAGCUGUGGAAUGAAGCUUUUUAAUUUUA